CAGCGGCAAAACGCCGUCACUUCGACUCAAAGGCAGUGCGCACUGUGCUGCGUUUGAUCCACCAACCCUCUUUUCGCAUCCACCGCCGCCGCCGCAAACCACAAGUCCGGAGAGGAGAAGGGAAGCGGAAUGGUGGCCCUCGGUCUUCGUUAAUCGCGUGGUGUUGUCGAUCGCUGGCUGGAUAACCAAGAUCAGGGAGAAUAGUUGAGCUAGGGUUCUGUGUGUGGAAGUCGUCGGCUUACCUUUGUGGGGAGCUUUUUCUGUGAUGGCUUCGGAGGACGUGAAGACCGGAGAAUCAGCGGUCUCGAAGAUCGUCAAUCUCGCUGGAGAGGCGAAGCUUGCGAGGGAAGGGGUUACGGCGCCGAGUUAUGCGUUCCUCAGUAUCUGCAAGUCUCUGGUUGCCGGAGGAGUCGCCGGAGGCGUGUCCCGAACUGCUGUAGCUCCAUUGGAACGAUUGAAAAUACUGCUUCAGGUACAAAACCCUCAUAACAUUAAGUACAACGGUACAGUUCAAGGCCUUAAAUACAUUUGGAGAACUGAGGGCUUCCGAGGACUGUUUAAAGGCAAUGGCACGAACUGUGCUCGUAUUGUUCCAAAUUCAGCAGUCAAGUUCUUCAGCUAUGAGCAGGCUUCUAAGGGUAUCUUAUGGUUAUAUCAGCAGCAAACUGGCAAUGAAGAUGCUCAGCUCACUCCUCUAUUACGACUUGGAGCUGGAGCCUGUGCUGGAAUAAUUGCCAUGUCUUCAACUUACCCUAUGGAUAUGGUCCGUGGCAGGUUGACUGUACAGACAGAAAAGUCUCCUUAUCAGUACAGAGGGAUGUUCCAUGCUUUAUCAACUGUACUCCGUGAGGAAGGCCCACGAGCUUUAUACAAGGGCUGGCUUCCUUCUGUCAUUGGAGUUAUUCCAUAUGUGGGUCUCAACUUUGCUGUGUAUGAAUCUUUAAAGGACUGGUUGAUUAAAACUAGACCUUUUGGACUGGUUGAAGAUUCUGAGUUGGGUGUGACUACAAGGCUGGCAUGUGGAGCUUGUGCAGGCACUGUCGGCCAAACUGUUGCUUACCCCCUUGAUGUUAUUCGUCGUAGAAUGCAAAUGGUGGGGUGGUCCCAUGCUGCUUCUGUAGUUGCUGGAGAUGGGAGGAGCAAGGCUCCACUUGAAUAUACUGGGAUGAUUGAUGCUUUCAGACAAACUGUUAGGCAUGAAGGUUUCAGAGCACUUUACAAGGGGUUGGUCCCUAACUCAGUGAAGGUGGUCCCAUCAAUAGCCAUCGCCUUUGUGACUUAUGAGCAGGUGAAGGAGUUCCUGGGAGUUGAGAUAAGGAUAUCGGACUGAAAUGCGGGACCUCUGGCGUUUUUGUAGGGGCAAGGGAGAAGAUCGAUGACAAGGUGGACGGACAAGGUGGACGACGGGAAGUGAGGCCUUGUCUAAUGCCGAGAAAACAGAGAGGUAGGAAAGGGCUGGAGUUUUUAGAGAUUAGGUUGGACCUGUGUUCUCGUGUUCUAUGUUUCCUCCCCGCCUUUAGUUAUAUAUUAUGUAUGUUCUGUGAGAGACCUGCUUUAGGGUUGAGUUCAGCUGCUGCUCAUUCAUAUGGUAUGCUAAAAAUAAUAAGCAUCUGGUCCUGGUUUUGUAGAGAAUUCUCUUUAAUUCUCUAUGGAUCAUUGUACUUUGCUCAAGAUGAAUGCAAAAAUAAUGUUUUCUUAUUA